GCUAGCGCGUAGUUGAAUCAAAAUGUCGCAGUUGGAAGAUUUGCCGAAUGAAAGUGUGCGUCAGACGCUGGAGCAGCUGCUGGGCCACAGCGACUACAAGCUGGAGUUGGCCUGCGCCAGAGGCGAUAAUUAUCUGGGCGUGCUAUGGCGACUGCAGCUGCCUGAGCAGCAACCCAGUUUAGUGCUAAAGCUGCCGCCACAGAACGCCAUAAGGCGCAAACAAUUUUUUGCGCGUGCCUGCUUUGAGCGCGAGAUUUUGGCCUACGAGCAGUUUCUGCCGCUGCUGCAGCGUUACCAGGAGCAGCAAUCAGUGCCUGCCUCUGAGUGCUUUGAGCACUAUGCCUGCUGCUUGCUCACUCGCCAGGAUGAGCCCAAUGAGUGCUUGGUGCUGGAGGACUUAUGCCAAGCAGGCUAUCAGCUGCACAGUCGCUUUGAGCCGCUUACGCCGGCGCAUGUGCGUCUGGUAAUGCGGGCGUAUGCUAAGCUGCAUGCCAGCUCCUUGGCCUUGAAGCAACAGCAGCCCAGCGUGCUGCAGCACUAUCAACAGCUGGUCGACAUAUUCGAGCAGCGACGUGAGGACGCAGCACUGGCCAGCUAUCUGGAGGAGCUAAAGCAGAGCGCGCUGGCAACUCUAUGCCCCAGACAACAUGGCACACAACUGCAGCGCCUGCAAAACUAUUUCCAACGUGGCAGCUACCCUGAGCUGCUGCGCACGCUGCUCAGUGGCAGCAACUGUGAGCCCUAUGCCGUGGUAUGCCAUGGCGAUGGCUGGAACAACAAUUUUCUGUAUAGCUACAACAAGAGUAAGCAGCGGGAUCAAGAGGAGCAGCAGCCAUGCCCGUUGGAGGUGCGUCUGGUUGACUGGCAGCUCAUGCGCUAUGCCUCGCCCAUUACAGAUCUGGUUUACUUUCUCUUUUGCUGCACCACACGCGACUUUCGCCAGCAACACUAUCAACAAAUGCUGCAACUUUAUUAUGCGGAGCUCAGCCAGCAGCUGGUGCGACUUGGCGUGCAAGCGGAUCAGCUGCUGCCGCGUUCAGCUUUUGAGCAGCAGCUGCUUGACAAGGGCGCUGCUGGCUUGCUAUUUGCCAUGAUGGUGCUGCCCAUAGUGACAUUAAGUGCCGCGCAAGCGCCUGAUCUUCAAGCCAUUAGCGAGCUUAUUGAAGGUGGUGCAACAACAAAUCUACAAGGUGCAGGUUUCUUGGCCUCCAGCAAUGAGUUGUGCUAUAAACAGCGCAUGCGUGACGUUAUCCUGGACUGCGUCGACUUAAAUUAUAUUUAGUUGCAGUUACACAUACCAGUUUCGCUUGUAGCUGCUGCAGCUGUUGCGAAAGCCGGGGCGAGAGCUUCAUGCGUUUGGCAUCCUUGGCAAAGCGAAGCGUUGAGUUUGUCUGAGAUACAUCUUCAGCGUGUGGACUAACGCAGGCCAGCAGCGUUAUAAAAGCAUCUGAAAUGAAGGAGUCUA